AACUUUCUAAGAUCUCCUUUCGUGCUUAACUUACCAGUUGCUGUGCAGAGCAGCAGUGAAAGUGGACGGAAAAGAGGCUUCUCACUUGAUUUGUUACCUCCCCCUGUGACAACAGAGGACCAUCUUUUACCUUUGGCCCCCGCAUUCACUGGAAAUGGGUAUUCUGGCUAUAUUGAUUCUCCCUUUACUGGUGGUUGGAAUUGCUGGGAUCGUUUAUAUUUACAAAAAAAUAAUGCGACUCAUGUCCAAGUCAGCUGUGAGGAACAAAGUGGUGGUUAUAACUGAUGCCAUAUCAGGGCUUGGCAAAGAGUGUUCCAGAGUGUUUCACAGUGGCGGAGGACGGGUAGUUCUGUGUGGAAAUGACUGGGAAAAGUUAGAAGCUCUACAAGAAGCCUUGAAUGACGUGGCUGACCCCAGCCAGACUUUCACGCCAAAACUGGUGCACAUGGAUAUGAGUGAAACGGAAACCAUUCCCAAGAUGGCUAAGGAAAUCCUCGAGAGCUUUGGGUGCGUGGAUGUGCUGAUUAACAACAGCAGUGUGAAAAUCAAAGGAGGAGCCCUCAAUGUUCCUUUCGAAAUGGACAGAAAGAUAAUGGACGCAAACUACUUUGGACCAAUUACCUUGACCAAAGAGCUUCUUCCCUCCAUGAUAUCCAGACACACAGGUCAGAUCGUGUUGGUGAAUAGUAUUCAGGGAAAACUCGGGCUCCCGUUCCGUGCUGCCUAUGCUGCUUCUAAACACGCCGUACAAGCCUUCUUUGACUGUCUGCGAGCGGAGGUGGCAGAGUUUGGCAUCACCGUGAGCACCGUGAGCCCCACGUUCAUCCGCGCUUAUCACCAAAUGCCGGACACUGGGAAUUGGGAGGCAUCCAUUUGGAAAUUCUUUUUCAGGAAGUUGGUGUAUGGUGUCCACCCAGUAGAAGUGGCUGAGGAAGUGCUCUACACAGUGAACAGGGGGAGUAAGGAGGUGGUGAUUGGAAACCCUGUGCCAAAGGCAUUCAUCUACUUGAGGACAUUCCUUCCUGAGAUCUUCUUUGCAAUCGUUGCUGCUGGAAUCUCAGAGCAUCAGGGUGCAGAGGAAGAACAAUAG